AUGGCAUGCAUCUCGUGUGUGACAUUUUUCUUUCUCUUUCUGACCAAGCUCAGCAUUGGCCAGAGAGAAGUAACAGUUCAGAAAGGACCGCUGUUUAGAGCUGAAGGUUACCCCAUCAGCAUUGGCUGCAAUGUCACUGGCCACCAGGGACCUUCUGAGCAGCAUUUCCACUGGUCUGUUUACCUGCCGACAGCUCCGACCCAAGAAAUCCAGAUCGUUAGCACGAAUGAUGCCGCCUUCUCUUACGCAGUGUAUGCACAGCGGGUGCAAAGAGGGGAGAUCUACGUGGAGAGGGUCCGGGGCAACUCAGUCUUGUUGCACAUCUCAAAGCUCCAGGUGAAGGAUUCUGGUGAAUAUGAGUGUCACACCCCGAACACAGAUGGCAAGUACUACGGGAGUUACAGUGCGAAGACCACUCUAGUUGUUAUCCCAGACACCCUCUCUGUCACCAUGAGUCCCCAGUCUCUCAGGAAGGAGGAAGGGGAGCCAUUAGAACUUACCUGCGAGGCAGCCAAAGCCACAGCUCAGCACACCCACCUGUCUGUCACCUGGUACCUGAUGCAGGACGGACAAAGUCAAGCCACCAAGAUUAUUUCCCUCUCCAGAGAUUUUAUGUUGAUGCCCGGCUCCUCGUAUAUAGAGAGGGUCGCAGCCGGGAACGUGCGGCUCGACAAGCUCGGGGCUACCACCUUCCGGCUGUCCAUAGGGAGCCUGCAGCCCUCAGAUCAAGGCCAGCUGUUCUGUGAGGCAACUGAAUGGAUUCAGGAUCCGGAUGAAACCUGGACUUCCAUCACGAAAAAGCAGACAGAUCAGACAACUCUGAGGAUCCAGCCUGCAGUGAGAGAUUUUCAAGUCAACAUUGCAACCAACAGCACAUUUGCUGAAGGGAAACCCUUAGAACUGAUGUGCCUGGUAGUGGGCAGUGGCCGGGACCCACCACUUCAGGGCGUUUGGCUCUUCAACGGUAUUGAAAUGGCCCGCAUUGAUGCCCGUGGAGUUCUGCAUCUGAAGAGAGACUACAAAGAGAGAGCAAGUCAAGGACAACUCCAGGUUUCAAAGUUAAACUCCAAGGCUUUCUCUCUAAGCAUCUUUGCUGCGGGCCCAGAGGAUGAAGGUACCUACGGGUGUGCGGUGGCAGAGAUGGCAAGAACUCAGACGGGCUCCUGGCAAGUGCUCCAGAGAAAGCAGUCACCAGACAGUCGCGUGCACCUCAGGAAGCCAGCAGCAAGAAGUGUGGUCUUGUCCACCCAGAACAAGCAGCAAACUAUAUGGGAAGGAGAGGCACUAACCCUUGUCUGCAAGGCAGACGGAGCUGAAAGUCCCCUGUCCGUGAGCUGGUGGCACAUCCCACAGAACCAGACACAGCCAGAGUUUGUGGCCGGCAUGGAUGGGGAUGGCACCGUGCAGCUGGAUGCCUCCUACGGGAAACCCAGUAACCACGGCCGCGUAAGGCUGGAGAAAAGGGACUGGGCCACCUUCCAGCUGGAGAUCCCCUCCACCAACAUCAGAGACAGCGGCACAUAUGAGUGCAGAGUGUCUGAGAGGACCCAGACCCAGGCCAGAGGUCUGAGCUGGACUCAGAAGAUGUCCGUCACUGUAAAAUCUCUGGCAUCAAGUUUAAAAGUUACUCUGAUGAGCCGUCAACCACAAGUGAAAUUAACCAACACCUUGAACCUGUCCUGCAUAGCGGGGGUUGGCUACUCUGACCUCCAGGUCCCACUCACCGUGUCGUGGCGGUUUCAGCCAGCUGGGUCUCAAGUUGCUCACCAGCUUGUCCGAGUUACCCAUCAUGGCACUGUCGAAUGGGGAGACUUCCCGUCCCAGUUCCAAAAGAAGAUGAAGGUUUCACAGUCUUCGUAUCAUUCUCAACUCCUAAUCCACGAUACCACCAAGGAAGAGGAGGGAGUGUAUCAGUGUAAAGUGGAUGUUUAUGACAGAAAUUCCCUGCACUUGAAUGACCCUGCCCGGGCUUCUGCCAUCUCUCACCCACUGAGGAUAGUUGUCACUUUACCAGAGAGCAAGCUAAAAGUGAAUUCAAGCAGUCAAGCCCAAGAGCUCUCCCUCAACUCCAACACUGCCAUAGAAUGUAGGCUCUUGUCCCAGACCCCUGGGAACCUGCAGUUAGCCGUUAUUUGGUACUUCUCUUCCGUUUCCCCGAAUGCAUCCUGGCUGACGAUCCUGGAAAUGGACCAAACCAACGUUGUAAAAUAUGGGGAUGAAUUUCACACCCCACGGAGAAAACAAAAAUUCCACACUGAGAAAGUUUCUCAAGACAUAUUUCAGCUACACAUUCUGAAUGUGGAAGACGGCGAUCAGGGCAAAUACCGCUGCGCUGUGCAGGAGUGGCUGCCGUCUGCAAACGGCGCUGCGUACAAGCUUGGAGAAGAGACGUCGGGUCUGACAGAAUUGAAACUCAGGCCCACAGGAAGUAAGGUACGUGUCUCCAAAGUGUACUGGACAGAAAAUGCUACCGAGCACGGAGAGGCGGCCAUCCGCUGCAGCCUGGAGAGCUCGGGCGGCUCAGCCUCCCUGUUCUCUGUGAUGUGGUACCGGACCGGAGAACGCUCUGGAAGUCAACUGCUGGCGCACCUGCAGCACGACGGCUUGCUGGUGUAUGGCAAAGCGGGGCUCGGGGGGUACCUGCAGUGUCACCGUGCGUCCCCUACAGACUUUGUCCUGAAGUUUCAUCGGGUGGAGAUGGAAGAUGCCGGAACGUACUGGUGCAGGGUGGCAGAGUGGCAGCUCCUUGGUACCCCCAGCAAGUGGGUCACCCAGGCAUCGGGGGAGUCACAGCAUGUGGUGCUCACGGUGCUGCCAUCAGAGUCCACGCUUCCUUCCAGGAUCUGCUCUUCAACAUCUUUAAUCUAUUUUUUAUUUGUCUGCCCCUUUGUUGUGUUCACGCUUCUGCUCAUUUCUGUCCUCUGCUUAUACUGGAAGGCCAGGGAGUUGUCAGCACUGAGACUAGCCUCCCAGAAAGAAAAGUCCCUCUGGGUGAACAUGAACGGGGCUGGAGACAGUCCCACCAAGAGGUGGGAAGAGGAAGAAGAAGACGGUUGA